UUUCUUAGAAAUAUCCAUGGAAGUAUAUUUUUAUCUGAUCUCUAUGACAAAUGGCUCGGUGUUAUUGAUCAAGGCAACAAAGAGGAGAAGAUAACUGCAGCCCAGAGGCUUUUAGCCCAGCUGCCAAGAGCAAAUGUUGUUCUCUUGCGAUACCUUUUUGGAGUGCUAUACAACAUUGAGCAACAUUCCUCAUCCAAUCAGAUGACAGCUUAUAAUUUAUCCGUUUGUAUAGCCCCAUGCGUUCUUUACCCACCUGAUUCCGGCACCUUGGAAUUGGAAGACAAUUUGAUAAAAAAGAUUUGUCUAGUACAAUUUCUCAUUGAAAAUUGCCUCAGGAUAUUUGGAGAAGACAUCACUUCCCUCUUGGGUGAGAACUCAAUGAGUCGUGGUAACAGCGAGAAGGCUGCAGACUCCGGCUGGAAGACUGUGAAAAGCCGUUUUUUCAGAGACAGGGCCUUUUGGUGGGGCUCCCGCACUUGCCAGCUCACCCAGUGCACAGCCCCACCUUCCGCAAAGCCAGGACAGCUCUUUGGAGUUUCCCUCAUGGAUAUCUGUGAUAAAGACAACCUGCCCUUUCCAAUUCUGGAUAUGCUUUCCUUUAUUAAUCAAAAAGGGCCACUCACAGAAGGCGUCUUCCGCAAAUCAGCCAAUAUAAAAUCCUGCAGAGUCCUAAAGAAAAAACUAAAUUCUGGCGUCAAAGUGAACCCGUACAGCGAAUCUGUUCAUGUGGUCGCAUCCGUCUUAAAGGUAGGGAAGGUUCUAGCAUUAUCAGUUACGUGAGUAACUGAAGCUAUGAUUGGUGUCCUUCAUCAUGACUGCUCAAGAACUGUAAUGGGCAUAAUAGAUUAAGAACCUGACAAGCUGAAAAUGCUUGACAAAAUCAAAAUUUAAGGAAGCUACUUUAGGAGUUAAAAGCCCCAUGUGUUAGAAAUACUUUCUGUUUUCACUACACACCGCCCU